AUGUCAUUUCGAAGUGAUGUAAAGCAGUUACUCAAACCUUAUUACUGGAUAAAUAUCCUACUCAGCAUUUCCUACGUUACUUGUAAAAGGACAGCUUUAAUUUGCAAUUUCUUGUUUCCCGAUGCAGACUGCGAGUUGGACAGUCGCGAAACGGAAAUCCUGUUUUUCCUAAUAAUUGUAGUGAUGUUAAGAACUCGAAAAGCGGGCAGUGUAACUAUGGUCAAUUACCUGUCCGCUUCUUUCGUUUAUACGAAAAUUGCUAAUCUGAUACUUUGGUUGUAUGCAGAUGUAAGGUAUGGACUUCCUUAUGGUGCUAUCCUCAUCCUGGCUGCCUUGCUCCUCCCAGAACCAACAUAUACAGGUCCAGAACAUAUCACCUAUUUCCGUGGUCUCCAGACCUUAGAAGAUGAGUUGAAAUCUCACAAGAACAUCAUGUGGAUCAUAUGCCUGUAUGCCGCUUGGCAUCCUGCCUGUGUGAACUUCGCACCUGUGUUUUCAGAGCUGUCUGCUAGUUACGGAUUGGAUAAUUUGAAGUUUGGAAAAAUUGAUGUUGGCCGGUAUCCUGAAGCAGCAGCUAAAUACAGAGUCCAGGAUGGUCCCACCAGCAGGCAGUUGCCCACAGUACUACUUCUAAGUGAGGGUCAGGAGAAAAUGAGGAGACCACAACCUGAUCACAGUGGCAAGCUUCAGAAAUUCCUAUUCUCGAAAGACAACCUGAAGGCAGCUUUCGACUUGGACGGUCUUUAUCAAGAUUGCAAAGACAAGCUUGCGGCGGCGAAAGCUAACAAGAAGACGGAAAAGACCGAGUAG